AUGUUGCUUCACUUCGCCAUAUACACCACUCUUUUUCUUACAGUCAGUCGUGGAGCCAGUCUUCCUAAUCUCAGCAAUGAACAUUCACUCGAUGAUGGUGACAAGGGCGGAGGGAAGCGUACAAGAGACCCAGGCUAUGUGCGCAUGCCGGUGUCGAGACAGAAGUUCAAAAGUAAGGGGAAGUCAAAAAGGGGCUGGCAUUGGGGGCCCCCGACCGACCCUCACAAUGACCCCCCAGCUUUGAAGUCAAAUCAACCCUUCCAACCUACUCAUGCGUCAUCAUCGACAAGACCACCGCCAACUCUGACUAGAAUAACGAGAUCCCCACCAACCCAGCAGUCUCCGACUUUGUAUCGCCGAGCAGCAGACAGAAGAUGGGGCUGGUCCAAUCUUGAAGAACUGGGCGGCAUUGCCUACAUCAUCCAGUUGGACAUUGGCACGCCCCCUCAAAAAGUCCGCGUCUUCGUCGACACCGGCUCGUACGAACUCUGGGUCAACCCCCGCUGCAGCACGUCGGCGUCGGAUUCCCUCUGCCAGACGUUUGGCAACUACUUCCCAUCCAAGUCAAACUCCGCCAUGCACAUUGGUGGCAACUUUGCCGUCACCUACGGCACAGGGGCAGUGCGAGGAAGCUACUGGAGCGACGUGAUGAGUAUUGCAAUGCUCCAAAUCCCCCAAGUCCAGUUCGCCGUAGCAGCCGACAGCAACUACACCUUCGCCGGCAUCCUCGGUUUAGGCUACGCUUACCCCUAUUCCAUCCCCUACCCCUCCGUCCUCAACCUCAUGGUCUCCCAGAAGAUGAUAUCCGCCCCCAUCUUCAGCCUCGGUCUCGGCGGCGACGGCGACGGCUUCAGCGAGAUUAUUUUUGGCGGAGUCAACCGCUGGAAGUUUGCUGGGCCGCUGGUCCCGGUCUCCAUUUGGCCUCCGGUCAAAGAGCAGGAUCCGAGAUGGGUGCAAUACUGGGUCAAUGUCACCAGCGUCGGGUUGACGAAGCCAAAAGAGGCGGGAAAACUGUACACACCUCGGGAGGGGUUCUCCAUGCCGACGUUGAUCGACACGGGCUCGACGUUGAGCUACAUCCGGGAGGACCUCGUGGCGGUGAUAGGGCAGCAGUUCAACGCCGAGAUUGACACGCAGGGGAAUUACUUUGUGGACUGCAAGUACAGGGACGUGGCGGGGACGGUGGACUUUGGGUUCAACAGCGGCGCGAUGGUGAUCAAUGUGCGGUACAAGGAUUUCAUCUACCAGCUCUAUCCGGGCAGGUGCAUGCUUGGGGUGCAGCCGGCGGAUUAUGGGAGCACGUACUAUGUGCUGGGAGACACGUUCAUCAGGGGUGCUUAUUUGGUAUUUGAUCAGCAAUCAGACGUUGUGUGGAUGAAUCAGUACUAUAAUUGUGGCGACGGAGUAGUAACAGUGGGACAAACCCCAAGGGAUACCAGGAAUGUUGUCGGUGCGUGCUAG